UCUUCUCACUGGAAGAUCCUCAUAGCCACAGCCAUUCUUCUUCUCUUUCCUCCCUUGACUGCCGACGACCUAGGCUCCUUGUGCUCGCCGGAAAACGUAGCCAAUCCUUCGCCGGAAUCACAGUUUAGCAUCUCCUGCGGAUCUAGUCGCUGUCGCUGCUGCUGCUGUGGCCGUCGUGGCCCUCGCCAUGCUUCUUCUUCUCCUCCUCCUUUUUCUUUUUUCUCUGUCCAUGCUCAUCUCCGCCGUGGCUCUUCUCCUUGAUCUUUUCGACGAUGCCCUCCUUGUGCCCUUCCUCCUUGUGGUGGUCCUCCUCCUUGGGGUGUUUCUCCUCCUCCAGAGAAAGAAGAAAGCCAGUUCGAAAUCGACCGGGAGAAGGCCCGGAAAGCGCUUCAGAAGCUCGACCAGCAGCUCCAGACCCUCUCUCAGCGGGAAUCCCUUCCGAAGAAGCGGCCCUCCUCCCCUUCUCUCUCCGGUUGCGGGAGUUUCAGGGGUCACUGAAGCAUUAUUUCAGGCUAGGCGGUCGGCCCUAGCUGAAGAGAGAAACCAGUUGAGUGCAACUGCAAUGUUGUAUAGUUGUGCUCUUUGUGGGAAGGAGUAUAGGAGCUCCAAAGCCCAUGAUCAACAUCUCAAAUCACGAGCUCAUGCUAUGAAAGCUUCUCAAGAAUCCGAUCCUGCAAUUGCAUCUGAAUCUCUGACUAAUCUGCAUGUAAAUGAACAAAAUUCUGUCUCUGGUGUUGGCCAAUCUGAUGGCAUGGAUGAAGUUCAAGACUUGGACCCUUCAUGCUGUUUUAUAUGUGACCAAAAGCAUUAUGACAUAGAAAGCUGCAUGAUUCACAUGCAUAAGCUGCAUGGGUUUUUCAUACCUGAUGUCGAGUAUCUGAAGAACCCUAAGGGCCUCCUUAAAUAUGUUAGUCUUAAGGUGAAAAGGGACUUCGUGUGUUUAUAUUGCAAUGAGAGAUGCCAUCCUUUUCAAAGCUUGGAAGCUGUAAGGAAGCACAUGAUAGCCAAAGGUCAUUGCAAAUUACGAUAUGGAGAUGGAGGUGACGACGAUGAUGGGGACUUGGAAGAUUUCUAUGAUUACAGCAGCAGCUAUUUGGAUGCGGAUGGUAAGCAGUUGGUGUCUGCAAAUGAUAUGGCUAAUAGCAUUGAGCUUGGAACUGGAGGAUCUGAGCUAAUUGUAAGACGAAGGACUGAUGGUGGGGUUCUUGUUCGAAUUCUUGGAUUUCGGGAAUUUCUGCGUUACUACCGCCAGAAGCCACGACCUUCUCCUGCAAGGGAUAUUGCUCCAGCCAUCUCAUUAGCUUCGAGGAACCGAAUUCUGAGGUUGGCAACGAUGCAGACAAAAGAGAGGACUGUGAGGAUGAAAGUUUUAAGGAAGAUGAAUCGGAAUGGGGUAGAGGCUAUGCGCUCAAAAAUUGGAAUGAAGAGUAACGUUAUCAGAAAUCUUCCAAAGAAUGUCCCAUAUUAGCCCUGUUGCAGAGUUCUUGACCUGUAACAACAGGUCUCUUUGUCUAGUAGAAUGGUGUGUAGUAAAAGCGGUGUAUGGUUAGUGCAUGAGAUUACUGCAUAUAAAUUUAAUCAGGCUGGUUGUGUAUGCAUUCUACUUAGAACAUGGUCCAGGAUGCUGUUCUCGUUUCCCAGCACUUUGUUUUGUUACCAGAAUAGUUUUUGUAUGUUCGAACUCUUGAUUGCUUUUUUUGACGUCUGCAAAAGUGGGGUACAACCCAUAAGAUGCUGGGCACUUAUGUUGCCUCUUUUUAUUUAAUUAGCUAUAUAUUUUGAAGUUGGAUGGUAAUAGGAAAUGAUGGAAAGAAACUUGUUUAAGCCAAA